CCGCUGCCUCCCCCUCCAGCUUGAGCCGGAAAAUGAAGCAAUACUCCGGCUGGAUGUUUUUCUCAGGCUUUGGGAGGAGACGGUUCUUUUAUUGAUCUCCGGCGAGCUUUGACCGACUCCCCUGCCUCCGGGGCCUUCUCCUUGAUUUGCACUUUUUAAAUAAUUUGUAUCCAGCUUAGAAGUGAACCAGCUCUCAUCCUAUUAGCCGCGGAGAGCCCUCGAUCGCAUUCCAGGGAGGAUUCAGUUGGGGGGGGGUCAGGGGAAUGAUGUCCAAUGACACGAGCGAGAGGCCCCCCAACCCUGAGCCGCCCCCCGCGACUGUCUAUGUCCUAGUGGAGGAUCUACGCUCGACUGACGCCCUCCAGCUGCUCAGCUCUGUGCUUUGCUGGGAUGAAGAGAAAGUAGUCAGCACCCCUCACGGCGACAGCUCCUUCUUCUCUGGCUCUGUUUUGGCUCUCCUCUGCAUUCAUGGAUGCUGCCACUGGGCAGCCUCAACUCUUUGCUCCCAGAGUCUGGUAUCGUGGCCGACAUUGACUUGGAAAAUAUCCUCUCACUGAACAGUGACAGCUUCUACGAACUCAAGAGCCAACCCAUUGGUGUCAGGUAGGAAUGCAAGAUGGUAGCCAUCUUGGAACUAUUUUGUCAACCUGGGACUUCUCUGCAUACCAGUUACCUGGUGAUGGGGAGGUGCUUAGAAUAUUCCAGCUUCAGAUGGGCUUCGUUGCAUGAUUUUGCUCAGUGAUUUCCUCUUGUUUCUAUGCAAGUUAGUAAGUAACAAAAGGAUGAUUUUCUCUCCAGUAUGUCAAAUAUGAGAUGGAUUGAUUUUAUAACAGAAACUGCUGCCUUGAACUCAGAAGAACUGAGCUGGGUUGUCAAGGGCAGGACAUUUUGAAGGGCGUUCAUUCAUAUGGUUGCUUUAAGUUGGAGAUUACUCGAUGGUACAUA